UCUAGAAAUCCGGAUGUAAACACAGGUGAAUUUAUUUUGAUCCGAAGGUAUAAAAACUCACAAAUAACUACCAAACUAACUACAACUGAUGCAGUGGAGUGGCUUGACUACCGCACAUUGGACGUUGCAAGAGACCUGUAACCGUACCAAAACAACAAAAGAUGAAUACAAAAAUAUUAUUGCCUUACAUUGGCUCACCGAAAUCUGUCUGAUCAUUCACGUGGAAGAGUGUUUUAAUCAUUCAAAUUUAGUUACUACAUUCACACUGUUCGGUGUGACGGUUAAGAAUUCUGUUGGAGUAAAUGAGACAUUGUUUGGUUUGUGUAUAAGGUAGUAGAUACCAGCUAGAGCUCGCUCAAAAGUCACACGGGAUUUUGUUGGUUUGUUGUUUUUCAAUACUUGAGAUUGGUGCUGUUCAUUCGACUUAAGCUUUAUUUGUGUAGUUUUAGUUAAACAUUCUGCACAUAAUGAACCUCAAUGUAUUAGACAUUAUAGUGCUCGUAAUAUAUUUUGUAGCCUUAUUGGGUACUGGGAUAUAUGCAUUGUUUGCAUCCAGAAGAGGGACUAUUACUGGUUAUUUUUUAGCUGGCCGGUUUAUGACAUGGCUUCCCGUCGGUGCAUCAUUAUUUGCGAGUAACAUCGGAAGCGAACAUUUUAUUGGUUUGGCCGGGUCAGGAGCUGCAGCUGGCAUAGCAGUCGGCGCUUUUGAACUGAAUGCGUCAAUUUUACUUCAACUUCUUGGGUGGGUAUUCCUGCCGGUGUAUAUUGCGAGUGGAGUAUUUACAUUGCCGGAGUACAUGAAGAAACGAUAUGGUGGAGAAAGAAUACACAUGUAUCUCGCUCUUUUGUCUCUCAUAUUAUAUAUUUUUACAAAGAUUUCUGUUAAUUUAUAUUCAGGUUCACUGUUUUUAACUGAAGCAUUAAAAUGGAAUACUUGGGUAUCAAUAGUUUUGCUGCUUUUCCUGACUGGUCUUAUUACUGUUACCGGUGGAUUAGCAGCUGUUCUAUAUACAGAUACACUACAGUUUUUCGUGAUGAUAAUUGGUGCCUUAAUAUUAGCCAUAAUAAGCUAUGUAAAUGUUGGAGGCUUUAGUGGUGUCCUUUCUUCUUAUGGUCAUGCUAUAGCCCCGAUAAAUGUCUCAUCAAGUACAGAUUCAGAUAUAAUAAUCAGUUUGGCGAAUGUUCUUAACACAACAAAUUAUACUUCACUAACUCAAUUGGCAAGUUCACCAGAUGUCCCUUCUAGUUUGAGAUGUAGUCUACCACCUGAAAAUGCAUUUGUAUUAUUACGUGGUAUUGAUGAUCCUGAUAUGCCAUGGCUUGGGUUUUUACUUGGUCAAACACCUGCAUCUAUAUGGUAUUGGUGUACUGAUCAGAUGAUGGUACAACGUGUUUUAGCUGCAAAAAGUUUAUCACAUGCUCAAGGUGCUACAUUAAUGGCCGGUCUUAUUAAACAGUUACCUUUGUUUUUAAUUGUAAUACCUGGAAUGAUAAGUCGAAUAUUGUUUCCAGAUGUGAUUGGUUGUAAACCUGGACCAGAUUGUUAUCAAAUAUGUGGACAAAAAAGUGGAUGUUCAAAUUUAGCCUAUCCAAAACUUGUAAUUAAUAUUAUGCCAUCAGGUCUUAGAGGUCUUAUGUUGGCCGUGAUGUUAGCUGCAUUAAUUUCUGAUCUAACUUCGAUUUUCAAUUCAGCUAGUACAUUGUUUACAGUUGACGUUUAUUUAAAAAUUAGGAAAAAAGCAAAGAAUAUGGAGAUAAUGGUUGUUAGUAGAAUAUUUAUAAUUGUAUUAAUCUUAUUGAGUAUUGCAUGGAUUCCUGUAAUUCAAGAAUUACAAGGCAGUCAAUUAUUUAUUUAUAUUCAAGCUAUUUCAGCUUAUCUGGCUCCACCUGUAGCUUCAGUUUACUUAUGCGCUGUUUUAAUUAAACGAACUACAGAAAAGGGAGCAUUUUAUGGAUUAAUGUAUGGUUUAAUUAUUGGUUUAAUACGAUUAAUAUUAACUAUUAUAUAUCAUGAACCAAUAUGUGGUGAAUAUGAUCAUAGACCAUGGUUUAUUAAAAAUAUACAUUAUAUGUAUUUUGCAUUAUUUUCAUUUAUAACAUGUGGUAUUAUUGUAUGUUUAUUAUCAUUAAAUGAAAAACAAUUAACAAAUGAACAAUUAUAUCAUUUAACAUAUUGGACUGCAUGGGAUAAAUCAAUGAAUCAUUCAUUAUAUAAUAAAAAUUUACAUAAUCAUAUUAUAUCUAAUGAAAUAAUUAAUAAUAAUAAUAAUAAUAAUAAUAAUAUAAAUAAUAACAAUGAAAAUGAUAUUAAUAUAAUUAAUAAUAUUCAUUAUCAUCAAUAUGAUAAUCAUGAAAUAAUUAAUAAAAUAGAAAUAUCAUCAACUUCUGAAUGUCAACAACAACAACAACAACAAGAACAACAACAAGAACAACAGCAAAAAGAAUUUGUAAAUAAUAAAACUAUGGAAGAUUAUGAUUCAUCAGAUAAUAAACCAUCCCAAACUUCAUCAUCAACAUCACCAUCAUCAGAUUGGUAUAAAAUUCUAAAAAAUAUAUGUUUAUGGUUUUGUGGUUGUGCUGAUCAUCCAUGUUCUAAUAUACAAAUAAAACAACAAAUAAAAUGUAAUCAUUGUUACUGUUGCUAUGGUUAUUGUUUAAAAUUAUGUCAUCAAUUUAAAACUAAUAUUUAUUCAAAACAUAAAAAAAUUUCUAUUAUUACAUCAAGUGAUUAUCAUUUAUCUGAUAAAAAUAAUCAAUUCGAAAAUAAUGAUUAUUAUUUAAAUAUUGAAGAAAAUCUUUCAAAUAUUACAUCAUUAAAACAAAAUUCAACUAUAAAAUUUUGUUUAUAUAUUGGUUUAUUAUUCAUUAUUUUAUUAUCUAUAUUUGGUUUUAUAUUUUUUUCUAUUUAUUUCAAUACUAUCUCUAUUGGUCCAUUACCUAUUUAUAUAAAUUGGAUUCAAAUAAAUGAUACAAUGAAAAAUGCUAUUGAAUUAUUAAAACAAUAUGAAUUUAUUAAAAUAUUAUAAUAGUAAACCUUUACAAAUAUCAAAUUGAUUAUAAAAGAUGUUGUAUCGUUUCUGUUUUCUUUUUUUUUUUUCUUGUUAUAUUAUAGAUAGAUAUACAGAUAGAUAAUUUUGUUUUCUUUCUGUAUUAUUUAUUAUUAUUUUAUUGAAAUACAUUUAAAUAAAACAUGGCGGCCUGUUUGAAUAUCUUGGCUACCUGUUCAUCCCCAUCUAGAUAUUUCAUUAAGUUAUCUGUUUUCUUGUUUGUUUUAACAUAUUAUUAUGUCUAUUGAACUCACAAUCUAUUCAGGCAAGUUUAUGAGAAGUUUACAACUUUUCGUUGUACGGAUUACAAAAAGGUACAAUCAGCGACAUUAUGGUGGCUUGCUAUAUGCAUUGAAACGAAUGAACAUUAUUCAGAUGUUGAUUAUUGAACUUUUAAUAUUGAACUGGCCAUCACUCAAUAUUUAUCGUCAGGAUUGAUCAAGAUAUAAGAAAAGGAAACAUGUUGAAAUAAUUUAUGCUGAGAAUUCAAUAGUGUAUCACAAAUAUAAUAUUGAAUAAAGCUUAUAAUAAUAAUAAUAAUAAUAAAUAUUGAUAAUAGGAGAGGCCCAGAAUCGAUCACAAUGGCAUAGGUGUAUACACUGUCUGUCUUCCUUUAAAGAAUUGAUUUACAUCCACUUGAUUCACCUAUUGACUUUGAAUGCACAAAUAAAAUAUUCCUCUUUGGCAAAGUCACUGACAAAAUGCAGUCUUUCAAUCAUCUUGAACAAGAGUGCUAGCAUAUUCGAUGGAUUGGUGUCUGACUAAACGUCGUCAUGGGUUCAGAAACUGCAACUGGCUUUUGGCAACUUACGUCGCUUGUGGAGUGGGUGAGAUGCACAUCUAUUAACCAUCGGACAAGUAUACUGCUUAUCAGCUCGAUCUGCUCUGCUUCAUUGCUAUGAAACGUGGCAUACUGUCGAAUCGCUUAGCAUCCAUAUCCACAAAUUAAACUUUGAUGUCGAAAAUAAAUUUGUAUAGCACCUAUUCCUACCUUGACCACUGAUAAUGAGCUAUA